UUAUCCCAGUCGGCAUUGCACAAGCUAAGGGCAUCCUUCCGGUGCCCUACGCUUGCGCACUCAAUUCCCAUGGUGUUGUGUGAAGGCGCUCUCUCCGGCCGGCGGGGCAUCCAGACACAAUGGAAGUCCCACUGCAGCCGCUCUUCAGCUGCUUUUAAACAGGAGAAAUCUUACAUUCCGGUAAAUCGUGUGCUGGCGCUGGGAAAUCUGCACGCAGCAGCGAGGGUGAUAGUAAUGGAUCCACAGUCAGAAAGCUCAGAUCAAGCAACACCUCCUGAUCUGCUAGAGCCGCUCGAUCCACAGGAACCUGACCAUCAGCCAUUUGACGUGGAAGCCAACAGCUCCAUCCACAGCGCGGAGACGCUGUUUACGGGUUCCGAGUGUGGAUCAGGCUUCGUCCCUGUAUCCGGAUUCACGGGUCACUGGAACAGACGCACCGGGGAGAAACCGUGGAAGUGCGGGUUCUGCGGGAAGGGAUUCCUCUGCCCGUCCCACCUGGAAGCUCAUCGCCGCAGCCACACCGGGGAGAGGCCCUUCACCUGCAACGUGUGCGGCAAAGGGUUCAAACAGUUGUCCCACCUGCAGGAGCAUCGGCGAGUUCAUUCCGGGGAGAGACCCUUCACCUGCUCCGAGUGCGGCAAAGGGUUCACGCAGUCGUCCAACCUGCUGAUACACCAGCGGGUCCACACCGGGGAGAAGCCGUUCACCUGCACUCUGUGCGGGAAGGGAUUCACUCGGUCAGACAGCCUGAUGAUGCACCAGCGACUUCACACCGGGGAGAGGCCCUUCACCUGUUUUAGAUGCGGGAAGGGAUUUGCUCAUUCAGCCGGUCUCCGGAAGCACCAGCGAGUCCACAAGUGUCAUCUGCUCUAUAUCGACAGAAAGAGAGAGUUACCUGAAGUUGAAGAAUUCGACGCUGAGUCUGGAGGCUGCACCGAGUCCGUCCCGACGGAAGAUGAGGUUUUGUUGCUCGAUCUCGAGCACGAGCCGCGGAUCAAUGACGGCCGGCGGCCGGCUUCACCAAGGUGCGCAAGCGCGGCGCCGGCGGCCGGCUUCCCGACGGAGAGCACAUGUUUAGUAGCUGGUGUACGGCCUCUCCCCGGUGUGAACUCGCUGGUGCGUCACCAGGCUGGAAGACCAAGUGAAUCCCUUCCCGCACUCAGAGCAGAUGAACGGCCUCUCCCCGGUGUGAACUCGUUGGUGGGUCACCAGGCUGGACGACUGAGUGAAGCCCUUCCCGCACUCGGAGCAGGUGAACGGCCUCUCCCCGGUGUGAACGCGCUGCUGACAGAAGGCGAGGGCGGGCUGGUGAAUGCCGCGCAUGCGCAGCGCCGCCACAGGAUCCGGAUGUUCGCCGGUUGCACAGGGGGACAGCGGCGACGGGGGGGAGGCUGCGCUGCCGGCGUCGCUUUCCAUCUGCUAGGGACACAAGCUACCGACCCAGGAGCCUUGAGAGCCGACCGGGAUCCCGGUGCGGUGGACGGGAGGGUGAAGCCGGAGGAGAAGCAGAGUGGAAGAGCGCGGCGAGUGGGGGAGGGGCGCGUCUCCGCCGCUGCCGCUGCCGCAGAUACAGCGGUUUCUGGCACGCGGGUGCUUCUGGGUAAGACGGCGGCCAUUGAUCCACCGGGACCAGCGGCGGGGCUCAGAUUACAGACCGUGCCUGGUAAGUAUGCCCCAUGGUCUGACUCCGCCCAGCACCCGAUAUUCAAGUUGAUGGAAGCAACGGCAGAAGAUCGAGCCAAGCUCGGCAUGAAAAAAGUGAUGGAGGAUUCACAAACGGGAGACUCGAACCGAAGCUCAGGCGAAGACCUGCCGGAGUCGCUGCUCCCUUCGGGAUCUGAGCCGAGCCGGCUUUCGGACGCGGAGGCCAAGGGCCCGGCGGACGGCGGGGGGAAGUGGUUCCCGUGUUCGGAGUGCGGGCAGGGCUUCGGUCGGGCGUCGCAGCUGCUGAGGCACCAGCGCAGCCACAGCGGCGAGAAGCUGUGGAAGUGCGCGGACUGCGGGAAGGGCUUCAACUACCUGACUCAGUUGGGGAUCCACCGGCGCGGCCAUGCCAGGGAGAGGCUCUUCCCCUGCCCAACGUGCGGCGAGGGAUUCGCCCUGUCGUCCGAGCUGCAGGAGCACCAGCGGGCCCACAACAGGGACAAGCCCGUCAACUGCCCCGUGUGCGGGAAGGGUUUCACCCGCUCCUCCUCGCUGCACAUGCACCAACGCAGCCACACCGGCGAGAGACCCUUCGCCUGCUCCGAGUGCGGCAAGAGGUUCAGCCGCUCGUCCAGCCUCCUGACGCACCAGCGGGUCCACACCGGGGAGAAGCCCUUCACGUGCCCCGAGUGCGGCAAGGACUUCAGCCAGUCGACCAACCUGAGGAAGCACCAGAGGGUCCACUCGGGAGAGAGGCCCUUCACCUGCCUCGAGUGCGGCAAGGAGUUCGGGCAGUCGACCAACCUGAGGAAGCACCUGAAGGUCCACACCGGGGAGCGGCCCUACUCCUGCACCGAGUGCGGGAAGAGGUUCACCCGCUCCUCCUCUUUGCUUACCCACCGGCGGGUCCACACUGGGGAGAGGCCCUACGUGUGCCCGGAGUGCGGCAGAGCCUUCAGUCAUUCCUCCAACCUGCGCACUCACCAGCGGAUUCACAAGUGACUCGUUGUUACUCCAUUAGAACUGUAAUUAUAUCCACGGAUGGACCACUUUCACGCCCCAGGUUGGGCUCAUUCUGCUGAUGGUAAAUCACCUGUAACUGGACUGGAAUUACACUGCCCUCCAUAAUGUUUGGGACAAAGACCCACCAUUUAUUUAUUUGCAUCUGUACUCCACAAUUUGAGAUUUGUAAUAGAAAAAA